UACUUUUGAAUUGAGCAACCACGAGAGCUCGACCUCCACACCGGUAUAUAUAACGACCUCAGCUCCCGCCCGCACUGCCUCCGUCGAGGCUGCUUGUUGUCUUCGACCACGACCAUGUCCUUACCACUCCUCGUGAACGGUGCGGACUGCGGUCCCGUCAACCCAUUGCAAAGUCUGUCUAAGACAUUCGAUCGUGAUCGUGGCAUUCAGCAGGACCAUUUCGGUGCAGGUCGGCUGGCUCGUCGAAGAGGUGAGCAUGAUUAUGCAUCGGCUGUCUUCCGAUGCAGCGCGGUUCUUCUCUGCAACCAAACCUCAUCUAGCCUCGCAUCUCCUGCUCCUGCAUUCGAUUUCGCUGCGCUAAUGCGGCAUUGCCCUGGCCCAUUCUCAAGUACCCGUUCUGACACCCAGAGGCAGCUGCCUCUUUCGUCGGUGUCUAAUGCGUCAUGGGCUGUGGACUUUCUGCAGCAGCCUGGCAAGCAGUCACCGGUGUCUCAGCUACCAUCACAGCAGGAGAUCUUUCAUGGCCAGCCACAGCAGUUUUCUCCUAACGGCAUGACUUCCAGUGCAUUUACGCUCAUUCAGCGCAAUGGGUUACGGCAUGCGGGUAUGAUGCCCAUGGCUGCUCCACCUUUCGCAGGACCCAUGAAUGCCCAAGAACCGGUGAAUCAGAUCGACGCUUCUCAUUGGGAGCGCGAAUUUCGAUCCCAGGAAGCUGCCUUGAUCCCCGCGGAGCAGCCACAGCAAGAGACAUCCGCGCCCAGUCGGCCGCAUGACGGAGACGAGCUUGCACGCAUUGCCGGCGAGCUGGUGGACACUGUCAGGGAUGCUGCGAACCCGAAGUUCAAGAACAGUGAGUUCCUGGGUCUCAUGCGACAACUGCGGGAUGGCGAGGUUGUCGUUGACGGCGACAAGAUGGGAAAGGGCCGGGCAGUCGACCCUACCUCGUUCCAUUCAAUGUCUCCGGGCAUGACUCCACUUGGGGAUUUCCAGGAAAGCCCCAUCGAUGCCUACCUCCGGCAGGAAAACGAGGAGUAUAUCAAAUUGCAGCAAGAACACGACGCCGUGCAUCCGCCCGACGUCUCCUAUGACUGGUGGACUCAGAGGGAUUGGGAAUCCUUCGAAGCGACGGUCACCGGCAUCCGGCCGCUUGCGCAUUACCAGUUACAACCGCAUAACCCGUAUGUCCUCGGCGAAGCGUCGAGAACGCGACAUCAUGCGAUGCACUCAAACGCCAGGAACUCCAUUCUCGAGAGCGUUCUCGAGCUAGAGGCUGCCGUACAGCGGGAUCCCACCAAUGCGUUGCGAUGGUACGAGCUUGGCGUGAAACAGCAAGAGAACGAACGCGAGCAGAAAGCCGUACAAGCAUUACGUCGUGCGCUUGAACUUGACCCUUCGCACUUGCCUUCCUGGCUCGCCCUCGCCGUGUCGCAUACGAAUGAGAGCAACCGUCAGGGGACGUACGCCGCCAUUUACGAGUGGGUUGAACGCAACGAGCGCUACAGGGCCACAGUCGAGCAGUUCCGCGCAUUGAACCCGAUAGACGAUGAGAUGUUGCAAACCGAGAAAUUCGCCACCUUGAUCCAGUGCUUGAUUGCCAUGGCGCGGGGCGACCAGAGUGGGGAGAUCGAUGCAGACAUACAAAUUGCCCUGGCGGUCCUGUUGAAUACUAACGAGGAAUACGCCAAGGCGCGGGAUUGCUUCAACACCGCGCUAGCGAUACGGCCCGAUGACUGGCUACUGUACAAUCGCGUGGGAGCGACUCUGGCGAACAGCGGGCAUCCUGAGGAUGCCUUACAAUACUACUACCGCGCGUUGGAGUUGAAUCCCGCGUACAUUCGUGCGAGGUAUGCUUUUCGCACCUUUGCCGAUUUGCCCGCUGACAGCUGCCGGUACGAUGAGGCGUCCCAGCACAUCCUGGAUGCCUUGUCAUUGCAAGACAGCGAUAGCGUGGAUGAGGCGGCUGGCGGUGGCGAUAAGCGGGGCUCUGAAGACCUGCUGUCUCCAAUGCAACGGCUGGACUUGGCCAACUUGUGUGACCGUCAGGACCUGGAAGCGUUCCGCUUGAACUUCCAACUGGCUUAGUGGGAAUUGACAGGGCCUAGUGUACUGUACUUUCGCGCGCGGGAUUGUGUGAUACAAUGGGAAGGAUGUUCCACGUCUGGUAUCUGAACCUGCAUCGGUCUCGCGUCAUCCCGAUGUGAGGUAGCGUUGUCGAUUCACUGGCAGAUGCCGACACUUUUAUGGCCGAGAAAGCACUGCACU